AUGGGCCAAGUCCUUGAGGACAAGACUCAGGCCAUACUUACCUACCUUGAGGAGUCUGGGCUGCCUCGCUUUGGCUUGGCCUCUGUCCGAGAGUUUGACCGCUACAAAUCCCUAGCCAACUUUGCGAUUAAGCUACAGAAGUCGGAGGCCUUGAACCUUAACGUGCCCGAUGCAGUCCUAGACUCCCUUUCUUCUUACUUUCCGUUCAAAUGGGCCUCGCACAGUAUUAAAUACCUGGGAAUCUUCCUGACCCCUUCUUUGGGAGGGAUCUUCUCGGCCAUUUUCCCACCAUUUCUUGCCCAGAUGAAACUGGACCUACAGCUCUGGACGAAGGACAUAUUUACAUGGUUUGAUCUGCUGAACAAGCCAAUUUUAGAAGUGUUUUCAAGUGAUCCCAAUGAUGUCAUUAUAAUUGGUGACACGAUUUGGUUCCAUUGCAAAAAUGCGACAAAUGCACACAAGUUCUAUCUGACAAAUGAUCAGGAUAACAGCACAACUAGACAACAAGAAACUUCUGAAUUUGCUAUUGCAGAUUUAAGCAUAAGUAACUCUGGCAAAUAUACCUGCAAGUACAGUAGGAACACAGAUAUCUCGGAGCCCAGUGAGCCUAAGUUUAUAUAUGUUAAAGACAAAUACCCACCACCAGCAAUUACAGUGAAACCCCGGAAAAUUGUACGCCCAGGAGAAGACAUAACAAUAACAUGUGAUACUCCCUAUCGUGAAAUAAAAUUUACUAUUUACAAGUAUUCUGUAUGGAUCACAGAUGGUGAUACCAAUCCAUUUUCAUAUGUUAUAAAAGAGGCAGGAGAGAAAGAUGUUGGCCAAUAUUGUUGUGGUUUCCAGACUAAAUCUGGAAACAAAACACAAAUCCAGUCUGAUUUCAGCGAUCCUAUUAUGGUACAAAUUAGAGAUCUUCAGAGCCCUACAGUCUCAUGGGAAGUGUAUGCCAAUGAUGACAAAAGUGUCAAAAUCAAAUGCCAAGCUCCAGUUCCACAUCCACGAAAUAUACGGUUUCAGCUGCUCAAUAGCAGUGAAGGCAUUGAAGAAGAAAUAGAAGGUGUAGCAGAAAACCAUGUCACAUUUAACAUCUCAAGUCCUAACCAUAUUCAGAAGAAAUACUACUGCAUCUACGCAAUAAGGAUAGGCAGCAACUUUGCACGUUCUGCCAUUAGCAAGCCAGUUUCAAUCUGGGGAGAUGAUUAUACAACUGUGAACAUCAUACGGCUCCUUGUCUCAGCGUUUGUCCUAAUUCUACUGGGUGUCAUCCUUGUGAAGCAUUUUGAAAUAUUCCAGGAAACUGAAGAAAGUCCACCUGAACUUCCACGUGCUCGUAGAAUGCAGGCAGAAAAGCCUGAAUACACAGAGAGGUACCAGGAAGACGCGGACCCCCCGCGCCCCUCCACGCCCGCGGGUACAGGCCCGAUUGGACCCCUUUCUGUCCCAGCCGUCCGGGGGAGUCAGGGCCAGGAGUCAAGCCACGCGGUCAUCGGGCUCCGGGCCUACAGCGUGGCGAGUGGAAGUGCCGGGACGGUCACCGGCCGCGACCCAGACACACUCCUCUCCGCAGGAUGGAGCAACCACCAUCCCCCUCCAGCUCCUUACCUGAUCUGA